UGACUGCAAGCGGCUGGAUCCUAAGGAGAGCUUGGAGAAAACACGGAGAAGCGGAGCUCUCCCGCGGGUCGGAGUCUGACCGGAGAGAACAGCAGCGGUUCUGCGCCUGCGCCGAGAUUCCCGCAUGCUCAGUGCUGAGGGCAUAUCAUGGCUUCCAGUCCCACUGUGUUGAUGCGGUUGGUGGCCUCGGCAUAUUCUAUUGCUCAAAAGGCAGGAAUGAUAGUCAGGCAUGUUAUUGCUGAAGGAGACCUGGGUAUUGUGGAGAAGACCUGUGCGACAGACCUGCAGACCAAGGCAGACCGAUUGGUUCAAAUGAGCAUAUGCUCUUCAUUGGCACGGAAAUUUCCCAAACUAACAAUCAUAGGGGAAGAGGACCUGCCUUCUGAAGAAGUGGAUCAAGAGCUGAUUGAAGAUGGCCAGUGGGAGGAAAUACUGAAACAGCCAUGCCCGUCCCAGUACUGUGCUAUCAAAGAGGAAGAUCUUGUGGUCUGGGUUGAUCCUCUGGAUGGUACCAAGGAAUACACUGAAGGUCUUCUUGACAACGUGACAGUUCUUAUCGGAAUUGCUUAUGAAGGAAAAGCCAUCGCCGGAGUUAUUAACCAGCCAUAUUACAACUACCAGAACAAUGAAAAGCAGAAGUUAAGGGAACCCAGGAAUGAAGCAAAGGCAGGCCCGGAUGCCGUGCUAGGGAGAACAAUCUGGGGAGUGUUAGGUUUAGGUGCCUUCGGGUUUCAGCUGAAAGAAGUGCCUGCUGGGAAACACAUCAUCACCACCACCCGGUCCCAUAACAGCAAGCUGGUCACUGACUGCAUUACCGCCAUGAACCCAGACGACGUGCUGAGAGUGGGAGGAGCGGGAAAUAAGAUUAUUCAGCUGAUUGAAGGCAAAGCCUCUGCUUACGUAUUUGCGAGUCCUGGAUGUAAGAAAUGGGAUACCUGUGCUCCAGAAGUCAUUUUGCACGCUGUGGGAGGCAAGUUAACCGAUAUCCAUGGAAAUGCCCUUCAGUAUAACAAGGAAGUGAAGCACAUGAACUCCGCAGGAGUCCUGGCCACGCUGAGGAAUUACGACUACUAUGCAAGUCGAGUUCCCGAAUCUGUUAAAAAUGCACUUGUUCCUUAAAGGAAAAUCUCACUGACUUAGCCAGGAUUUUAAAACUAAUUGGAUGGAACUGGAGCGCCACCUUUACCUUAUUCAUGGUUGAUCACCAAUUUAUAUUUGGUUACUUAGGAGGAAAAAAAGAGAAUUUUUAAAUUUCUUGAUUAAUGAAUCAACCAUACCAAUUCUGACAUCAGGAAAAUUUGUAAAGUCAGUAUAUGUCACAUUUCUUUUCCUCCUUUGUUUGGAGAAAUGAGAGGAAAGUUUAGUUCCAAUUGGCUAUCCUGGUCAAGUGCUUAAUCAACAUUCCUGUUUCGUAAACCAGAUUUCUUUAGGGGGUGGAACCACAAGUUGUUACCUGAAUCUCAUUCUUGUUUUUCACAGUAAUUUAAAAACUUUUCCUACUCCCAUUAUGAAUACAUUAAAAUGUCAUUAUGCAUGUCGAUGAAACAGAUUUGGGGGAAAAGUUUCUUAAUAAUAAAUUAUUUAAUUGUA